AUGACCACAUCCGGAUCAAACACAUCUUCGGAUGCGGUACCAGAAGAACAGAAGCAUGAGCAGCCAGACCUAAAUCCAGGUAGAGUUCGGAAAGAAAGAUGUUCUGUACAUGAUUUGGAGACUGCUGUUGCACCUUCUUUCAAAGAGAAACUCCAAAGAUUUUUCUAUAAUCGUGGAUUAGCGUCAAGGCCCAGGUUUUUACAAGAGAUCUAUUCGAAGAUACCCCGGAAGGUCUAUGUUAAUACUGAUUUACCGCCAGAGCUUUUACAUCCAGAUACCCACAAACCGUUGAUUUCAAUGCCUCGCAACAAGAUCAGGUCCACGAAGUAUACACCCCUUUCUUUCCUACCCAAGAAUUUGCUCUAUCAAUUUGAGAAUAUAGCCAACAUAUAUUUUUUAAUAUUGGUUAUCCUUGGAGCUUUUCAGGUUUUUGGAGUUGAAAGUCCGGGUUUAGCAGCUGUCCCCUUAAUUGUUAUCGUUUGCAUAACCGCCAUAAAGGAUGGCUUCGAGGAUUUUCGCAGAGUUGUAAGUGACGCUGAACUCAAUAACUCACCAAUACAUUUAUUAAACGGACUUCAAAACAAGAACGUCACUACCGAUGAUGUUGGCCCUUGGAGACAGUUCAAGAAGCGUUGCACAAAGGCCACGGUGAAGACCUAUAAGUUCUUGAAGAAGCUUUCCAUAAAAAUCUUCGCCAGCAAGAAUAAGAAAAAGGAAUACGAAGAAUAUGUUGCUCAAGUUCGAAAUAACGAGUUGCACAGGAUCUCAACUGUCCAUUCAGAGUAUUCGUUUGCAUCGGAACUUCCACGGUUUUCGUCAAGUUCGAGGCACCCUCGAAAAUCCCAUCAGCUGGGCAAGAUGCGUGCUCCGACGAAGCCCUCUGCUGAUUGUCUUCUUAACCCAGAAUUGCAGAAGAUGAGAGCAUUGAAUCCUUCAAAUGCUGCCACUUCGUUCAAGAAUAGAAGGUGGAAAGAUGUGAAUGUUGGUGACUUCAUAAGAGUCCGCGCAAAUGAAGGCGUCCCAGCUGAUAUGGUAAUUAUAUCAACCUCUGACGAAGAUGGUAUCUGCUAUGUUGAAACAAAGAACCUAGAUGGAGAGACCAAUUUAAAGACCAAAACGUGUUUGAAAAGCGGUGGUUUGGGCCACUUGAAGCAUUCGACGGAUCUUGGAAACACGAAGUUCUGGAUUGAGUGUGACCCCCCAAAUGCUCAAUUGUAUUCAUUUCGUGGUACUGUUCAUUAUGAGAACUUCGAUGAAAACGGUCAAUUAAUCAACGCCGAUGAAAGGGAGUCUAUCACAUAUGAUAACGUUUUGCUACGAGGCUGCGCUUUACGUAAUACGAAGUGGGUAAUCGGUUUGGUCGUCUAUACGGGCUGUGAGACCAAGAUUGAUAUGAAUAGUGGUAACACGCCCGUGAAAAAAUCUAAGAUAUCAGAUGAGUUGAAUUUUUCUGUACUCAUCAAUUUCCUGGUCUUAUUUGUUUUGUGUUUUGUUUCGGGGUUGAUAAACGGUCUUUUUUACAAUCGUGAAAAUGAGUCAAGGCGGUAUUUCGAGUUUGAACCUUAUUCACCGACCUCAGCUGGCAAUGGUGUACUCUCCUUCUUCGUGGCAUUGAUCAUCUAUCAGUCUUUGGUUCCAAUUUCGCUUUACAUCUCAAUUGAGAUUAUCAAAACCGCACAGGCAUUUUUCAUACACUCAGACAUCAAAAUGUAUUAUCCGAAAUUGGAUUUUCCUUGCGUGCCACAGUCGUGGAAUAUAUCUGACGACUUGGGCCAAAUUGCCUACAUCUUCAGUGAUAAGACUGGCACUUUAACCCAGAAUGUUAUGGAAUUUCGAAAGUGUACCAUAAACGGAAAGUCUUAUGGUCUCGCUUAUACGGAGGCAAAACAAGGUAUGGACAAGCGUCGUGGUGUUGAUAUAUUAGCGGAGUCAGAGCGGUGGAAGAAGGCUAUCGAGAAGGAUCGUUCCGAAAUGAUUUCAAAUUUGGAAACCUACGUCACGAAUGGACAGUUUCGGGAGUCUGCUUUGACUUUCGUGUCUAAUGAAUAUGUCGAAGACACCAUUUUGCCAGAUACUCUCAAUUCGGCAACAAGAGAUGCUAAUGAGAAGUUCAUGCUAGCUUUGGCUGUAUGUCACACAGUCGUGACUGAGCCUGAUGUUGAAGACGAAAAUCUCAACGAGUUCAAAGCAGAGUCACCUGAUGAAGCAGCCCUAGUUUCUGUGGCCAGGGAUCUUGGGUUUGUUUUCAAACUGAGAAAUCGGAAUAGCAUAGAGCUAGAAGUAUACGGUGAGUCAAGAAGGUUUGAAGUGCUUCACAUAAUUGGAUUUACCUCGGCCAGAAAGCGCAUGUCGUGCAUCGUUCGUGAUGACAACGGUCAGAUAUUAUUGAUAACCAAAGGCGCUGACAGCGUAAUUUACCAACGCCUAUCGCAGGAGGGUACAACUGAUGAAGUCUUAAAGAAAACAGCGCUUCAUCUAGAGGAUUUUGCAAAGGAGGGUCUCCGGACGCUUUGUAUCGCCCAAAGAAUUUUAGAUGACGACUUCUUUGCUGUUUGGUUCCGUAAAUACAAGGAGGCAUCGGCCUCUAUUGAUGACGACAGAGACGAUGCUAUUGACGCGCUCAAUGAUGAGUUAGAGUGCGAUCUAGAGUUGUUAGGUGGGACUGCGAUCGAAGACCGCUUACAGGAAGGUGUUCCAGACUCAAUAUCUAUCCUUGGGGAAGCAGGUAUAAGGCUAUGGGUGUUGACAGGAGACAGGAUUGAAACGGCGAUUAAUAUUGGAUUCUCCUGCAACUUGCUUGGUAAUGAUAUGAAGCUUCUUGUUGUUCGUCCAGAUGAGAAGAACCCACAUGACGCGACCCACGUCACUAAUUUGAUAUCUGAAUACUUGGAGGAAGUCUCCGGUUUACAAAUUCAGAAUCAAUCUGAUCUAGACAAUGCUUUGCUGCAAGCUAAGAAUGAUGUUUCGAUGCCUGAAGCAAAUACGGCUCUCAUUGUGGAUGGAGGGGCUCUCUCAUUGGUUUUCAGCGAUACGAACGAAGAUCACAGUUUACGGAAGAAGUUUGUUCUCCUAGGAAAAUACUGCAAGUCUGUCAUUUGCUGCCGUGUUUCGCCCGCCCAAAAAGCUCAAGUUGUGAGCGUCGUCAAAGACAAUCUCCAAGCGAUGACUUUAGCAAUUGGUGAUGGAGCGAACGAUGUUGCUAUGAUUCAAGCCGCCAACGUUGGCGUUGGGAUUGCAGGUGAGGAGGGAAGACAAGCAGUUAUGUCUGCUGACUAUGCAAUCGGUCAAUUUCGCUUCCUCGCUAGACUUCUUCUAGUACAUGGCCAUUGGUCAUAUAAGAAGCUAGCCGAAAUGAUCCCAUGCUUUUUUUACAAGAAUGUCGUCUUCACAUUUACUUGUUUUUGGUUCGGAAUUUUUAAUGAUUUUGACGGAUCAUAUCUCUACGAGUACACAUUUUUGAUGUUUUACAACUUGGCCUUUACAUCUUUACCUGUUAUUUUCCUUGGCAUUUUUGAUCAAGAUGUUAGUGGCGCUGUGGCACUUAUUGUACCACAGCUCUACAGGACUGGUAUCUUGAGUUUGGAUUGGUCCCAAUACAAAUUCAUUUGGUACAUAUUCACAUACGACUUUUUGAUGAGGCAUUUCAAUCCUAAAGAUGUUGACAUCAUCCGUGAGCGUAUGCGGGAUGGGGCUUAUCAAAACUAUCCUGUUGAUUAUGAUCCCACUAACCUUCAAGAUGUGGAGAAGCAGCGUAUCCUUCAGCGUUUGAAUGAAGGGGAUACUGAGCUAUUGGAGAAGAUUAAGAACGCCGUUGAUUCUGAUGAAAGGGAGACUUGUGAUUCGCCAAAUGAGGAGAACAAAGUUUCCAGGGCUUUCAGAAGUAUCCGAAAGGGUACUAUAUCCAGAUCGAGACGCAAUACAUUAAGGUCGAGAAGAGAUACAGUUAGUGAACAGGCGAAGUUCAAUCAGAAGUUGAUGAAGACCGGGGGUUUCAAGGCAUCGAGGUUAACAUUUGACAAUGAUGUUCAAAUUCUAGCUGAUCCUAGCUGGGAUGGUGAAAAUCUUGCGGACGUGGAUUUCAUUGAAUCGUGUUUAAGCAAGACGGAUUUAAUACUCUUGUCGCAUUCCACCCCAGAGUAUAUUGGAGGAUACGCUUUAUUAUGCUCAAGAUUCUAUAGUUUGAUGGCAAGCAUCCCAGUUUAUUCUACAGUUGCUGUGAGUCAGUUGGGUAGAGUUUCUAGUGUCGAGUUCUACAGAUCAAAGGGUGCAUUAGGACCUGUUGUCCAUGCACUGCUCGAAGUUAGUGAUAUUGAUGAUUAUUUCGAUCGAAUCAUUCUGAUAAAAUACUCGCAAAACGUUAGUGUUUUGGACAACCGUGUCGUCUUAUCGGCAUUUAAUGCGGGGCAUUCUUUAGGUGGAUCGUUCUGGUUGAUCGUUAAGAGAAAUGAGAGAAUCAGAAGGGCUGAAGAACUACUAAAUCUCGUGGACGCAACAUUAGCCAAUGGCGGAGCAGUUCUUCUUCCAGUAAAUAUUUCGGGCAGAUUUCUAGAAGCGCUUCAUCUCAUUGAUCAUCACUUGGCUGCUAUACAAGGUGCCGCUAUUCCUGUUUAUUUCAUGUCCUAUUCCGGGACGAAGGUCCUCAACUAUGCAUCGGGUCUAUCGGAUUGGAUGGCAUCCAAUAUAACAAAAGAAAUUGAAGGAAUGCUGGGUGAUGAAAAAAGCUUUACAAACCUGUCAUUUGACCCCUCUAAAGUAGACCUUCUCAUUGAUCCGUCUGAGUUGGCUCUGUUUCCAGGCCCCAAGAUUGUCUUCGCCUCCGGAAUGGAAAUUCAGGGGGGUGACUUGUCAUCUAAAGCUCUUUCCUUGCUUUGCCUGGACGAGAAAACGACAAUCAUUUUAACUGAGCGAAGCAAUCUAUCAUCAUCUCGUUCACUCGCCGCCCAGCUUUACAACGAAUGGUUCAAGCUCGUGAAGGAGAAGAAUGGUAAGGUUGACGAUGGUGUUCCUGUCCCUUUACAGAAAAGUAUUCCUCCUAAUAUUUUUGUUGAUGAAACCCCUUUGAAAGGUGCCGAACUUCAUUCUUACCAGGCGAAUGUAUCUGAGCGUAGGCAUCAAAGAACUCUAGAAAGCAUGAAAUCCAAGAGAGCUCUUAAUUUACUUCACGCUGACCUACAAUCUGAUGAAUCAGAUGAUGACGACCAUGAUGUGGAUGAUGACGUCGUUGAGGAGGAACUAAGCGAAAGAACUAUCGACGUUGGUCUUGUCUCCUCCAACCAUGCACACGAACAGCGUCAGUCCCAGCCAGUCUCUUCGUCUCUUCAGGUAGCUGAAAAUAGUGCGUUACCUGAAGUCGAGAAGGUAUCUAGUUCUGAUCCAAGCUUACUGGGGUUACAAAGUGCAGCCAAUGCGUCAUUGCUGCUGCAUGCUCGUCCAGCAUUUGCCAUUGAUGAAAAUUACAUCACUGAUUUCGUUAUUGAAAAGUUGAAUUCCAAAAAACCAGUUGAUUUUCGGGUUUUGGGCAAGUUUCGUCCUAGGCAAGCUAUGUUUCCAGGCUUAGGUGUUAAGAGAAGAAAAUGUGAUGACUAUGGAGAAGUAAUAGAUGUGAAAAGUUAUCAACGGGAAGAUGAACAAAACGCCAAUGCGAAACUUAUUUCGGAAAGCAAAAGGAAGUUUGAAGAAGGUGGUGGUAAAACCUGGGGACAUAUGGAUGCUCGAAAAGAAAAGAACAAACAGGACAAGGACAGACUAUCCACUGAUAAUAAGCUAACUCCGCAACAAGUGUUGAACAACGACAUUCUUAAAAGAUACCUUGAUGCAGCCUUCCUCCCUGUGAAGAGAACAACAGUCCAACGACGCUCAUGGGUCACAUUGAGAUGUGGCCUAGCCUUUAUCGAUUUUUCGGGCUAUGCUGAUGUGAGAUCCAUGAACCUCGUCAUUUCUUCGAUCAAGCCAUCUCAACUUAUUAUCUUACCAGACUCUAGCUUUCACGAGAAUCAGGACGACAAGCUAAGUGGAUCGAAUAUUUUGGCUAACGCUCAUCAGCAAGUGGAAACUCCUGAUUCUUCGCUCUUCACUGUGUCAACUGAACGUUCAUUAAAACUGUCAACUAUAUUCUCAAGGAAGUCACAUCGUUUAGUCUCAGACAUGAAAGUGAGUGUCGCAAGGCCUAACUUGUCGAUUGAGCUAAGCAAAAGCGGUCGGGGCGCCAGAGGUAUUGAUUUCGAAACGAGCCUUGAUGACAAACUCUGGUCGACCUUGAAAUGGCGCCGUAUUGAUCAGAGGUACGACAUUACGCAUAUAAUGGGUAUGGUCGGAUUGGUUACAAAGGAAUUGGACACAAGUGCCCAUAAUACUCUCACUGAUUCUAACACCCAAAUAUGCAUUAGAGAAGUGAAGGCGUCUGAUAGGAGCCCAGAAUUAUCUGAAAAGUCAUCUUACGUGGAUGAAUAUAACUCUAAGUUGGCUGUCGGAGUUGUCAGGAUGCCUGAAUUGAAAAAGAGACUCAAGGCUUUAGGUUUUGACGCUGAGUUCAAAGGCGAAGGUACGCUAGUAGUUGAAGAUACUAUCGCGAUCAGAAAAUUGGACGUAUCAUACGCUGGAGAAAAUGACGUGGCAGAUCUAACUAUAGAAGGUCAGGUUGGACCAACUUAUUACAAGGUUAGAAAUUGUAUUAAGGAAAUGCUCGCUUUCAUUAAAUAA